AUGGCCAUGUGGGUCUACAACUUCGGUGAUGGCGAGGCCGACGGCCGGGCCGAGAUGAAGAAUCUCCUGGGCGGCAAGGGUGCCAACCUUGCGGAAUUUCGGCUUGUGGGGUCUUGGCUUAGAGCCUUCACGCUUAUGCUUGGAUGUGCGUCUGGGGAAAUGGCCUCCAUCGGGCUGCCCGUGCCACCCGGGUUCACACUGACGACGGAGGUCUGCACGCACUUCUAUCAGAACGAUUGCAACUAUCCCAAGGAGCUCAACAAGCAGGUGCGAGGCUGGGAACGGGAGGCUGAGUCGCACCUGUUGGACGUCGAGGAGGCACUGGCUUUGGUCCAGAAGCGCACCGGCCGUGUUUUUGGCGACUCCGUCAACCCGCUUCUGGUCUCAGUUCGCUCCGGGGCGCGUGCAUCCAUGCCAGGAAUGAUGGAUACCGUGCUCAAUCUGGGCUUGAACGAUCAGACGGUGGAAGCCUUAGCAAAGAAAUCCGGCGACCGGCGCUUUGCCUUCGACAGCUACAGGCGCUUCGUGCAGAUGUACUCAGACGUGGUCUUGGGCAUCGAGAUCAACCACUUUGAGAAGCACCUGGAGCGUGCGAAGGAGAAGCGCGGUGUAAAGCAGGACUGCGAGCUGCUUGCUGAUGACUUGGAGAAGUUGGUGAAAUCGUACAAAGCGGUGGUGCAGUUGGAGCUGGGCGAGGAGUUCCCCGAAGAUCCGAAAGCCCAGCUGUGGGGUGCAAUUGGUGCUGUCUUCAACUCCUGGAUGAACCAGCGAGCCAAGACAUACAGGAAAGACCGGUGCGUCGCCGCCAGGCAGCUGCACGACAUCCCGGAGUGGUGGGGCACCGCUGUGAACGUCCAGGCCAUGGUCUUCGGCAACAUGGGCAACGACUGCGCCACAGGCGUGGCCUUCACUCGUGACCCCUCCACCGGAACCAACGAAUUCUAUGGUGAGUUCUUGGUGAAUGCGCAGGGCGAAGAUGUGGUUGUGGGAAUCCGCACACCGCAAGAGCUGACGAUCAAAGCCCGCAAGUCUCAUGGUUCGGAUCUGCCCUCCUUGGAAGAAGUGAUGCCGCAGAUUUUCAAGGAGCUCCUGUCGGUGCGGAGCCAGCUGGAGACCCACUACAAGGAUAUGCAGGACAUCGAGUUCACGAUACAACAAGGUAAACUCUACAUGCUGCAGACGCGCAACGGAAAGCGCACGGCUCCAGCUGCGCUGAAGAUUGCCGUUGACAUGGCCCAGGAGGGCUUGAUCUCCAAGUCACAAGCUAUCCUGAGCUUGAAGCCUGAUUUGGUGGAUCAGCUGCUUCACCCCACGCUGGACCCGAAGGCCAAGAAGGAGGUGAUCGCCAAGGGCCUUCCUGCCUCUCCCGGUGCUGCUGGCGGCAAGGUUGCCUUGCUUGAGAAGGUUUCGAUGUCCACCUCUGCAAGUACGACCAUCGCGAAAACUGUUGUCUUCUCUGCUGACGAAGCGGUGCGACGAUGCAAGGAUGGCGAGAAGGUCAUCCUUGUUCGCAUCGAGACCAGCCCGGACGACAUUCACGGCUUGCACGCAGCGGAGGGUGGCAUGACAAGCCAUGCCGCCGUGGUCGCCCGCGGGAUGGGCCGACCAUGUGUGGCGGGUGCAGGCGCCAUAACCGUAGACUAUGCCGCAGCGAAGCUCACCGUUGGUGCCGUGACGGUUUCAGAGGGCCAAAUCCUCACCAUCGAUGGAAGCACAGGAGAGGUCAUUGUUGGCGAAGUUCCCACGGUUCGGGCCAAUGCGGAGACUCCGGCCGACGCUCGACAAGCCAAGGAGUUCGGCGCGGAGGGCAUCGGUCUUGUGAGGACGGAGCACAUGUUCUUCGAAGGACAGCGCAUUGUGGCCAUGAGGCAGAUGAUCUUGGCCACAGAUGAGAGCGAUCGGCGACAGGCGCUGGAGAAGCUCUUGGUCAUGCAGCGGGAAGACAUCACUGAGUUGUUCAAGAUCAUGGAUGGAAUGCCGGUCACGGUGCGCUUGCUGGAUCCUCCGUUGCACGAGUUCAUCCCGCUUCUCGGCUUGACGCGGCUUUGGAAGAGAAUCAUUCUGCACACGGAAGCCGAGAUGGCACUGGUGGCGAAAGCUGCAGGCGUUCCCCUGGAGCGGGUGCGCAGGCGUGCUGCGGAGCUUCAGGAAGCCAACCCCAUGCUGGGCCAUCGCGGCUGCCGACUGGCCAUCACCUAUCCGGAGAUCUGCGAGAUGCAAGCGCGAGCCAUCUUCGAAGCCGCAGCCGAGGUCGGCCGAAGCUCCAAGAAGCUGCCAGUGGCAGAGGUCAUGGUGCCACUUGUGGCCACCACCGAAGAGCUGAAGCUGCUGAAGGGGGUCAUUGAGAAGACUGCAGAUGAAGUGAAGAAGGAGCAGGGGAUCACCUUCAGCUACAAGGUGGGCACCAUGAUUGAGCUUCCUCGUGCAGCCUUGCAGGCUGGAAAGCUGGCAGAAAUGGCGGAGUUCUUCAGCUUUGGCACCAAUGACCUCACACAGACCACCUACGGCUUGAGCCGUGAUGAUGCUGGAUCCUUCUUGCCGGAGUACAAAGCUAAGGGAAUCGUGGAGACGGAUCCCUUCGUGUCCCUUGAUCCCGACGGCGUCGGCGAGCUGAUCACCAUGGCAGUGGAGCGUGGUCGCAGCACCAGGCCCCACAUGAAGAUGGGCAUCUGCGGCGAGCAUGGCGGCGACCCUGCCUCCAUCGAGGUCUGCGAGCGCAUCGGCCUGGAUUAUGUGAGCUGCUCGCCUUUCCGCGUGCCAGUCGCCAGGCUGGCCGCCGCUCAGUCUGUCUUGAAGAUCAAGGGCCAGAAAGCCAAGCAGAGCUCCACGAAGGGUUCAGACGGUUUCUCAUCAGACAUGGCAACCUGGGUGUACAACUUCGGCGAUGGCGAGGCCGACGGCCGGGCCGAGAUGAAGAAUCUCCUGGGCGGCAAGGGUGCCAACCUUGCGGAAAUGGCCUCCAUCGGGCUGCCCGUGCCACCCGGGUUCACACUGACGACGGAGGUCUGCACGCACUUCUAUCAGAACGAUUGCAACUAUCCCAAGGAGCUCAACAAGCAGGUCGAGGAGGCACUGGCUUUGGUCCAGAAGCGCACCGGCCGUGUUUUUGGCGACUCCGUCAACCCGCUUCUGGUCUCAGUUCGCUCCGGGGCGCGUGCAUCCAUGCCAGGAAUGAUGGAUACCGUGCUCAAUCUGGGCUUGAACGAUCAGACGGUGGAAGCCUUAGCAAAGAAAUCCUGCGACCGGCGCUUUGCCUUCGACAGCUACAGGCGCUUCGUGCAGAUGUACUCAGACGUGGUCUUGGGCAUCGAGAUCAACCACUUUGAGAAGCACCUGGAGCGUGCGAAGGAGAAGUGCGGUGUAAAGCAGGACUGCGAGCUGCUUGCUGAUGACUUGGAGAAGUUGGUGAAAUCGUACAAAGCGGUGGUGCAGUUGGAGCUGGGCGAGGAGUUCCCCGAAGAUCCGAAAGCCCAGCUGUGGGGUGCAAUUGGUGCUGUCUUCAACUCCUCGAUGAACCAGCGAGCCAAGACACACAGGCAGCUGCACGACAUCCCGGAGUGGUGGGGCACCGCUGUGAACGUCCAGGCCAUGGUCUUCGGCAACAUGGGCAACGACUGCGCCACAGGCGUGGCCUUCACUCGUGACCCCUCCACCGGAACCAACGAAUUCUAUGGUGAGUUCUUGGUGAAUGCGCAGGGCGAAGAUGUGGUUGCCGGAAUCCGCACACCGCAAGAGCUGACGAUCAAAGCCCGCAAGUCUCAUGGUUCGGAUCUGCCCUCCUUGGAAGAAGUGAUGCCGCAGAUUUUCAAGGAGCUCCUGUCGGUGCGGAGCCAGCUGGAGACCCACUACAAGGACGAUAUGCAGGACAUCGAGUUCACGAUACAACAAGGUAAACUCUACAUGCUGCAGACGCGCAACGGAAAGCGCACGGCUCCAGCUGCGCUGAAGAUUGCCGUUGACAUGGCCCAGGAGGGCUUGAUCUCCAAGUCACAAGCUAUCCUGAGCUUGAAGCCGGAUUUGGUGGAUCAGCUGCUUCACCCCACGCUGGACCCGAAGGCCAAGAAGGAGGUGAUCGCCAAGGGCCUUCCUGCCUCUCCCGGUGCUGCUGGCGGCAAGGUUGCCUUGCUUGAGAAGGUUGUCUUCUCUGCUGACGAAGCGGUGCGACGAUGCAAGGAUGGCGAGAAGGUCAUCCUUGUUCGCAUCGAGACCAGCCCGGACGACAUUCACGGCUUGCACGCAGCGGAGGGCGGCAUGACAAGCCAUGCCGCCGUGGUCGCCCGCGGGAUGGGCCGACCAUGCGUGGCGGGUGCAGGCGCCAUAACCGUAGACAUUGCCGCAGCGAAGCUCACCGUUGGUGCCGUGACGGUUUCAGAGGGCCAAAUCCUCACCAUCGAUGGAAGCACAGGAGAGGUCAUUGUUGGCGAAGUUCCCACGGUGCCUCCACAGCUGUCUGGAUCCUUCGGGACCAUCAUGGAGUGGGCGGAUGAGUUCCGGGACAUGAAGGUUUGGGCAAAUGCGGAGACUCCGGCCGACGCUCGACAAGCCAAGGAGUUCGGCGCGGAGGGCAUCGGUCUUGUGAGGACGGAGCACAUGUUCUUCGAAGGACAGCGCAUUGUGGCCAUGAGGCAGAUGAUCUUGGCCACAGAUGAGAGCGAUCGGCGACAGGCGCUGGAGAAGCUCUUGGUCAUGCAGCGGGAAGACAUCACUGAGUUGUUCAAGAUCAUGGAUGGAAUGCCGGUCACGGUGCGCUUGCUGGAUCCUCCGUUGCACGAGUUCAUCCCGCUUCUCGGCUUGACGCGGCUUUGGAAGAGAAUCAUUCUGAGACUUGGGUUUCAUUUGCGGGUGCUUGCAUUGGAUCAGAGAAGCAGGAGGCAGGAGCUUGUCUUUCGCGUUAGUUUUAAUUUUUCCAAGGCCGAGAUGGCACUGGUGGCGAAAGCUGCAGGCGUUCCCCUGGAGCGGGUGCGCAGGCGUGCCGCAGAGCUGCAGGAAGCCAACCCCAUGCUGGGCCAUCGCGGCUGCCGACUGGCCAUCACCUAUCCGGAGAUCUGCGAGAUGCAAGCGCGAGCCAUCUUCGAAGCCGCAGCCGAGGUCGGCCGAAGCUCCAAGAAGCUGCCAGUGGCAGAGGUCAUGGUGCCACUUGUGGCCACCACCGAAGAGCUGAAGCUGCUGAAGGGGGUCAUUGAGAAGACUGCAGAUGAAGUGAAGAAGGAGCAGGGAAUCACAUUCAGCUACAAGGUGGGCACCAUGAUUGAGCUUCCUCGUGCAGCCUUGCAGGCUGGAAAGUUGGCAGAAAUGGCGGAGUUCUUCAGCUUUGGCACCAAUGACCUUACACAGACCACCUACGGCUUGAGCCGUGAUGAUGCUGGAUCCUUCUUGCCGGAGUACAAAGCUAAGGGAAUCGUGGAGACAGAUCCCUUCGUGUCCCUCGAUCCCGACGGCGUCGGCGAGCUGAUCACCAUGGCAGUGGAGCAUGGUCGCAGCACCAGGCCCCACAUGAAGAUGGGCAUCUGCGGCGAGCAUGGCGGCGACCCUGCCUCCAUCGAGGUCUGCGAGCGCAUCGGCCUGGAUUAUGUGAGCUGCUCGCCUUUCCGCGUGCCAGUCGCCAGGCUGGCCGCCGCUCAGUCUGCCUUGAAGAUCAAGGGUGCUGGGGCAGCGAAUCUGCUUUGGCCUGAGUUCGACUGGGACAGCCGGCUAAGCAAUCGAGCGCAGGGUUCAGACGGUUUCUCAUCAGACAUGGCAACCUGGGUGUACAACUUCGGCGAUGGCGAGGCCGACGGCCGGGCCGAGAUGAAGAAUCUCCUGGGCGGCAAGGGUGCCAACCUUGCGGAAAUGGCCUCCAUCGGGCUGCCCGUGCCACCCGGGUUCACACUGACGACGGAGGUCUGCACGCACUUCUAUCAGAACGAUUGCAACUAUCCCAAGGAGCUCAACAAGCAGGUCGAGGAGGCACUACCUUUGGUCCAGAAGCGCACCGCCCGUGUUUUUGGCGACUCCGUCAACCCGCUUCUGGUCUCAGUUCGCUCCGGGGCGCGUGCAUCCAUGCCAGGAAUGAUGGAUACCGUGCUCAAUCUGGGCUUGAACGAUCAGACGGUGGAAGCCUUAGCAAAGAAAUCCGGCGACCGGCGCUUUGCCUUCGACAGCCACAGGCGCUUCGUGCAGAUGUACUCAGACGUGGUCUUGGGCAUCGAGAUCAACCACUUUGAGAAGCACCUGGAGCGUGCGAAGGAGAAGCGCGGUGUAAAGCAGGACUGCGAGCUGCUUGCUGAUGACUUGGAGAAGUUGGUGAAAUCGCACCUGAACGGGUACAAAGCGGUGGUGCAGUUGGAGCUGGGCGAGGAGUUUCCCGAAGAUCCGAAAGCCCAGCUGUGGGGUGCAAUUGGUGCUGUCUUCAACUCCUGGAUGAACCAGCGAGCCAAGACAUACAGGCAGCUGCACGACAUCCCGGAGUGGUGGGGCACCGCUGUGAACGUCCAGGCCAUGGUCUUCGGCAACAUGGGCAACGACUGCGCCACAGGCGUGGCCUUCGCUCGUGACCCCUCCACCGGAACCAACGAAUUCUAUGGUGAGUUCUUGGUGAAUGCGCAGGGCGAAGAUGUGGUUGCCGGAAUCCGCACACCGCAAGAGCUGACGAUCAAAGCCCGCAAGUCCCAUGGUUCGGAUCUGCCCUCCUUGGAAGAAGUGAUGCCGCAGAUUUUCAAGGAGCUCCUGUCGGUGCGGAGCCAGCUGGAGACCCACUACAAGGACGAUAUGCAGGACAUCGAGUUCACGAUACAACAAGGUAAACUCUACAUGCUGCAGACGCGCAACGGAAAGCGCACGGCUCCAGCUGCGCUGAAGAUUGCCGUUGACAUGGCCCAGGAGGGCUUGAUCUCCAAGUCACAAGCUAUCCUGAGCUUGAAGCCGGAUUUGGUGGAUCAGCUGCUUCACCCCACGCUGGACCCGAAGGCCAAGAAGGAGGUGAUCGCCAAGGGCCUUCCUGCCUCUCCCGGUGCUGCUGGCGGCAAGGUUGCCUUGCUUGAGAAGGUUGUCUUCUCUGCUGACGAAGCGGUGCGACGAUGCAAGGAUGGCGAGAAGGUCAUCCUUGUUCGCAUCGAGACCAGCCCGGACGACAUUCACGGCUUGCACGCAGCGGAGGGAGUCCUGACCACCCGAGGCGGCAUGACAAGCCAUGCCGCCGUGGUCGCCCGCGGGAUGGGCCGACCAUGCGUGGCGGGUGCAGGCGCCAUAACCAUAAACUAUGCCGCAGCGAAGCUCACCGUUGGUGCCGUGACGGUUUCAGAGGGCCAAAUCCUCACCAUCGAUGGAAGCACAGGAGAGGUCAUUGUUGGCGAAGUUCCCACGGUGCCUCCACAGCUGUCUGGAUCCUUCGGGACCAUCAUGGAGUGGGCGGAUGAGUUCCGGGACAUGAAGGUUCGGGCCAAUGCGGAGACUCCGGCCGACGCUCGACAAGCCAAGGAGUUCGGCGCGGAGGGCAUCGGUCUUGUGAGGACGGAGCACAUGUUCUUCGAAGGACAGCGCAUUGUGGCCAUGAGGCAGAUGAUCUUGGCCACAGAUGAGAGCGAUCGGCGACAGGCGCUGGAGAAGCUCUUGGUCAUGCAGCGGGAAGACAUCACUGAGUUGUUCAAGAUCAUGGAUGGAAUGCCGGUCACGGUGCGCUUGCUGGAUCCUCCGUUGCACGAGUUCAUCCCGCUUCUCGGCUUGACUCGGCUUUGGAAGAGAAUCAUUCUGCGUGCCGCAGAGCUGCAGGAAGCCAACCCCAUGCUGGGCCAUCGCGGCUGCCGACUGGCCAUCACCUAUCCGGAGAUCUGCGAGAUGCAAGCGCGAGCCAUCUUCGAAGCCGCAGCCGAGGUCGGCCGAAGCUCCAAGAAGCUGCCAGUGGCAGAGGUCAUGGUGCCACUUGUGGCCACCACCGAAGAGCUGAAGCUGCUGAAGGGGGUCAUUGAGAAGACUGCAGAUGAAGUGAAGAAGGAGCAGGGGAUCACCUUCAGCUACAAGGUGGGCACCAUGAUUGAGCUUCCUCGUGCAGCCUUGCAGGCUGGAAAGUUGGCAGAAAUGGCGGAGUUCUUCAGCUUUGGCACCAAUGACCUUACACAGACCACCUACGGCUUGAGCCGUGAUGAUGCUGGAUCCUUCUUGCCGGAGUACAAAGCUAAGGGAAUCGUGGAGACGGAUCCCUUCGUGUCCCUCGAUCCCGACGGCGUCGGCGAGCUGAUCACCAUGGCAGUGGAGCGUGGUCGCAGCACCAGGCCCCACAUGAAGAUGGGCAUCUGCGGCGAGCAUGGCGGCGACCCUGCCUCCAUCGAGGUCUGCGAGCGCAUCGGCCUGGAUUAUGUGAGCUGCUCGCCUUUCCGCGUGCCAGUCGCCAGGCUGGCCGCCGCUCAGUCUGCCUUGAAGAUCAAGGGCCAGAAAGCCAAGCAGAGCUCCACGAAGGUGCUGGGGCAGCGAAUCUGCUUUGGCCUGAGUUCGACUGGGCAUGAGUCGUGUUGUAGAGUUCCUGGUGCUCCAAUGUGGGUCAUGAUGGGUUCAGACGGUUUCUCAUCAGACAUGGCAACCUGGGUGUACAACUUCGGCGAUGGCGAGGCCGACGGCCGGGCCGAGAUGAAGAAUCUCCUGGGCGGCAAGGGUGCCAACCUUGCGGAAAUGGCCUCCAUCGGGCUGCCCGUGCCACCCGGGUUCACGCUGACGACGGAGGUCUGCACGCACUUCUAUCAGAACGAUUGCAACUAUCCCAAGGAGCUCAACAAGCAGGUCGAGGAGGCACUGGCUUUGGUCCAGAAGCGCACCGGCCGUGUUUUUGGCGACUCCGUCAACCCGCUUCUGGUCUCAGUUCGCUCCGGGGCGCGUGCAUCCAUGCCAGGAAUGAUGGAUACCGUGCUCAAUCUGGGCUUGAACGAUCAGACGGUGGAAGCCUUAGCAAAGAAAUCCUGCGACCGGCGCUUUGCCUUCGACAGCUACAGGCGCUUCGUGCAGAUGUACUCAGACGUGGUCUUGGGCAUCGAGAUCAACCACUUUGAGAAGCACCUGGAGCGUGCGAAGGAGAAGCACGGUGUAAAGCAGGACUGCGAGCUGCUUGCUGAUGACUUGGAGAAGUUUGUGAAAUCGCACCUGAACGGGUACAAGGCGGUGGUGCAGUUGGAGCUGGGCGAGGAGUUCCCCGAAGAUCCGAAAGCCCAGCUGUGGGGUGCAGUUGGUGCUGUCUUCAACUCCUGGAUGAACCAGCGAGCCAAGACAUACAGGCAGCUGCACGACAUCCCGGAGUGGUGGGGCACCGCUGUGAACGUCCAGGCCAUGGUCUUCGGCAACAUGGGCAACGACUGCGCCACAGGGGAUGUUCGAGUGCGGCUUGUGCAGCUCUUGCUUCAUUGCGUGGCCUUCACUCGUGACCCCUCCACCGGAACCAACGAAUUCUAUGGUGAGUUCUUGGUGAAUGCGCAGGGCGAAGAUGUGGUUGCCGGAAUCCGCACACCGCAAGAGCUGACGAUCAAAGCCCGCAAGUCUCAUGGUUCGGAUCUGCCCUCCUUGGAAGAAGUGAUGCCGCAGAUUUUCAAGGAGCUCCUGUCGGUGCGGAGCCAGCUGGAGACCCACUACAAGGACGAUAUGCAGGACAUCGAGUUCACGAUACAACAAGGUAAACUCUACAUGCUGCAGACGUGCAACGGAAAGCGCACGGCUCCAGCUGCGCUGAAGAUUGCCGUUGACAUGGCCCAGGAGGGUUUGAUCUCCAAGUCACAAGCUAUCCUGAGCUUGAAGCCGGAUUUGGUGGAUCAGCUGCUUCACCCCACGCUGGACCCGAAGGCCAAGAAGGAGGUGAUCGCCAAGGGCCUUCCUGCCUCUCCCGGUGCUGCUGGCGGCAAGGUUGCCUUGCUUGAGAAGGUUUCGAUGUCCACCUCUGCAAGUACGACCAUCGCGAAAACUGUUGUCUUCUCUGCUGACGAAGCGGUGCGACGAUGCAAGGAUGGCGAGAAGGUCAUCCUUGUCCGCAUCGAGACCAGCCCGGACGACAUUCACGGCUUGCACGCAGCGGAGGGAGUCCUGACCACCCGAGGUGGCAUGACAAGCCAUGCCGCCGUGGUCGCCCGCGGGAUGGGCCGACCAUGCGUGGCGGGUGCAGGCGCCAUAACCGUAGACUAUGCCGCAGCGAAGCUCACCGUUGGUGCCGUGACGGUUUCAGAGGGCCAAAUCCUCACCAUCGAUGGAAGCACAGGAGAGGUCAUUGUUGGCGAAGUUCCCACGGUGCCUCCACAGCUGUCUGGAUCCUUCGGGACCAUCAUGGAGUGGGCGGAUGAGUUCCGGGACAUGAAGGUUCGGGCCAAUGCGGAGACUCCGGCCGACGCUCGACAAGCCAAGGAGUUCGGCGCGGAGGGCAUCGGUCUUGUGAGGACGGAGCACAUGUUCUUCGAAGGACAGCGCAUUGUGGCCAUGAGGCAGAUGAUCUUGGCCACAGAUGAGAGCGAUCGGCGACAGGCGCUGGAGAAGCUCUUGGUCAUGCAGCGGGAAGACAUCACUGAGUUGUUCAAGAUCAUGGAUGGAAUGCCGGUCACGGUGCGCUUGCUGGAUCCUCCGUUGCACGAGUUCAUCCCGCACACGGAAGCCGAGAUGGCACUGGUGGCGAAAGCUGCAGGCGUUCCCCUGGAGCGGGUGCGCAGGCGUGCCGCAGAGCUGCAGGAAGCCAACCCCAUGCUGGGCCAUCGCGGCUGCCGACUGGCCAUCACCUAUCCGGUCAUGGUGCCACUUGUGGCCACCACCGAAGAGCUGAAGCUGCUGAAGGGGGUCAUUGAGAAGACCGCAGAUGAAGUGAAGAAGGAGCAGGGGAUCACCUUCAGCUACAAGGUGGGCACCAUGAUUGAGCUUCCUCGUGCAGCCUUGCAGGCUGGAAAGUUGGCAGAAAUGGCGGAGUUCUUCAGCUUUGGCACCAAUGACCUCACACAGACCACCUACGGCUUGAGCCGUGAUGAUGCUGGAUCCUUCUUGCCGGAGUACAAAGCUAAGGGAAUCGUGGAGACGGAUCCCUUCGUGUCCCUCGAUCCCGACGGCGUCGGCGAGCUGAUCACCAUGGCAGUGGAGCGUGGUCGCAGCACCAGGCCCCACAUGAAGAUGGGCAUCUGCGGCGAGCAUGGCGGCGACCCUGCCUCCAUCGAGGUCUGCGAGCGCAUCGGCCUGGAUUAUGUGAGCUGCUCGCCUUUCCGCGUGCCAGUCGCCAGGCUGGCCGCCGCUCAGUCUGCCUUGAAGAUCAAGGGCCAGAAAGCCAAGCAGAGCUCCACGAAGGCCACCAAGCCCCGGGUACAACACUUCGGGCCGUGGUGA